AUGUUCUCCAAAGUAGUAGCUCUGUGCGCUUUCGUGGCUAUGGCCCAGGCUGGUCUCCUGGCUGCUCCCGUGCACUACUCCUCUGCUGCGGCUGUCUCUUCCCAGAGCAUCGUGCGUCACGACCAGGCUCCCGUCGCUAAGCUCGCCGUCGCCGCUCCCGUGGCCAAACUCGCCGUCGCUGCUCCCGUAGCCUACCACGCUGCCCCCGCCGUGGCCUACCACGCUGCUCCUGCUGCCGUCACCUACCACGCUGCCCCUGCUCCCGUCGCCUACCACGCCGCCCCCGCCGCUGUCGCCUACCACGCUGCCCCUGCUGCCGUGGCAUACCACGCUGCUCCCGUUGCCAAGGUCAUCGCCCAACCUGAGGAAGUAGCCUACCCUAAAUACGAGUACAACUACUCUGUUGCUGACGGUCACUCCGGCGACAACAAGUCCCAGCAGGAGUCCCGCGACGGUGAUGUCGUAAAGGGCUCUUAUUCCUUCCACGAAGCCGAUGGUUCCAUCAGGACUGUGGAAUACACCGCUGACGACCACAACGGUUUCAACGCAGUGGUACACAACACCGCGCCUACGGCCGCCCCCGUAGUCGUCAAGGCUGUUGCUCCCGCCCACUACUACCACCACUAA